AUGCCCACCGUCUGCGUCGACUACCUUAGUCACCAGUGGACCGACGAAGACGUGUGGAGCAGCUGGAAGGCAAUGACGAAGCAGAAAAACCAGAUCGCCAACGGAGUCAGGCUCGAAAAUGCAAGUUGGCGUACUUGGGCCAAGCAGCGUGGCAAUCUCAAGACCAUCAGUCCAGAGACACUCAACUGGCUCAAAGACAGCGACGUGACAUGGCUGUACGGACCUCUCCACGAGCACGUUGAGUCGGUUCCGCCUCCCAAGCUUGCCACCACCGCUGAUCGUCUGGAUCUGGAUGACGGUCACCGCGUUCGCUCCAUCCUCAAGCAUCGCACCAUAUCGGACAUGCUCACGACGCCAGGAAAUGCCGCUUCGCCCAGUGCCGAGCUCGAGACCAACCCUAUCGAUGAACACAUGCAGGAACAGGACCGAAAGGCAGAGCAAGAAGCAGCAACCGCAGUCCAGCGCAAACCGCUCAUUGCCGUCAAGUCAGAUUCCAACCUCGUCAGCAGAGCGCCCAAGCGCACCGGCGGGUCGCCCAGUGCCAUGCCGCUCGUCUCGGCCCAGAAGAAAAAGACUCCCAGCAUUGGACGUGCCGAUAGCCUAGGCGCAGACGAGAAGCGUCACAUCAGCUUCAAUCACCGUGUCGAACAGUGCAUUGCAUUGGAUCACAAGUACCCGGAUUAUGACGACUAUGACGAGGACGAAUUCGACGAGGAGGAAGAAGAGGUUAGCAGCGAAGAAGAGGAAGUGCUCACGAUGAAAUCCAGCCCACGGACGUCUCCUGCCAUCUCUCACGCUUCUGCGUCCUCGUCCAAAACUUCGGAACUCCAAGCCACCAUCGCCAAGUUGGCCCCGACUCGACUCAAGACGUCCGAAGUGUACCCUUCGCCCUCGCCCGCCGUGGUGGACCCAUCCGGUUUCCUUGCCACUCGCGCCAAUAACGGAAGCACCGUCUCUACAUAUCCAGCCCAGUACGGCUAUGCUCGCGCUGGUGUUCCAGUAACCCACGGCGACCCUACCGCACGAGGCGUCCAGUGGGAUCUCGAAGAUGACUUUAAUGGCGAUUUCGACUAUUUUGACGGAUCUGAUCUUGCCGACGGCUCGAGCGAGCACACCAACUCGAAUGGGCCGGUUUUUAACACAGGCGACGCUGCGAGCAGCCCUGAUGCUUCCCGAAACUUCGGAAGCUUUUUUGACCAUAGCGAGUCAGACAGGACUGACGGAUCCACAUCAUCCACGUCGCCUCAAGACAUAGCAGCCGCAUCACCGGAGCAAUCGCAGGCCAGUGUUGCACCCAGAGGUAUCCUCAAGCACAGGAUCGUCCACCAGACCGCCGCAGAGGACUACGAGUCGCGCAGCCUCGAGGCCGAGGGCGACUACGACGUGCUCGGCACCUCGCACCAAGACUCUUCUUCGUUUGCAGAUUCGUACGAGUCUUCGCGGGGUGAUAGUUCGCGGGAACGCGGUCGACCCUCGCAACGACUCGGCAGCUCUGCGAGCUACGAGCGCAUCCAGGAUGCAGCCAGGCAAGGGCGCGUCCGCACCAACAGCGGCACUUCAUCCGGACACUCACCCACCAACUCGACUGCCAACGGCAGCUACGACAGGUACAGUGCAGCAUCUGCCAGCCCUGCCUCUUCAUCUUCGCCUGCCAAUGUGCGGAGCAAUGCACGGAGUAGUGGCGAGUCCUUUCGGAGCGGCGCCAAAGACGGUUCGCGAGAUGGAGCUGAUGGCCUUCGAGCUGGAGAUGCAGCAACGCACGGAGGAAAGGCGCGUUCGCUCGCGAAUCGGUCCCUGAACGACUACGACUCGGAUGGUCAGGGUUCGUACGGCUUGGCCAGCCCGCAUUUUCCUGCAAGCCCGCAUCUCGAUGCCAAGGAAGACGCUGGGUCCAACCGGUCUUCGCAGGACCGCGACGGCGACCGUUUCAUGUACGGCGAAGAACGAAGCUACUGGUCCGACGAAAGGAGAGGCAGCUCCAAGUCUGCCUCUGCACGAGCGAAAUCCACGUCUCCCAGCGCAGCUGCCGGCGAGUUGAGCGUGGACCUGUCCAACAUCCCUAGCAACGCACGUCCUGCCACCAAGACCACCAGCGUUACGAGCCCCGAUGGACCCGUAGAGGUGGGGCCUACGCCUCUCAACACGCCCACUUUCAUCCUCGCGAGAGCCAGCGGGAAACGUCGUUCCGGAUCCGGCAGCGGACCCGACAUUUCCGGGGGCGGGCCUUCCAGCCCCACCCUGCCACGAAGGACAAGUGCAACAGGAGCCCUGGUAGCGCCACACAACUCGGAGCCGCGUGUGCCACUCGCCCACGACUAUGUCGAAGAGGACGAAGGAGGUAUCAUCGGCAGAGCGGUCGAGAUCGUCAACACGGCGCGCGAUCUGAUCGGCGCGCUGCUCGGAACGGGCGAUCGAGGCAGGUCGUGGCGCGAAGGUUGA